AUGUCCAAGAAGGAUGUGGCGUGUUUCUGGAUUGUACUGCUCAUGUGUCAAGAGCUACAGACCGAGCCGAUCGCAGAGAUGGGACCAUCCUCCGGAAUCCUGAUUCAAGAGACACCAGGGUUAUCUUGACAGAGAAGAGGAUCCUGACCCGACGUGUGUUCGUCAGCUUGGACCCCAAGAUUUCCAUCGAGAAGGCAUACAACAUUUCAUCGAUGCAGCUUCCUGAGUUACAAACUUGGUACCAGAUGCACCUCCAAAGAGCACAGGACCGUGUGCGAAACAUCUUGGAGCAAGCCCGGAAACCUUUUGUAUCCAGUACUAUUUCGAUGAGCAACCGACCCAAAAGGUUCCUCACCGCUAUAAUUGUUGCAUUAGUUUGUGCCACUGUUGGUGCAGUCGUCGCAACCGGAAUGUCUGCAGCCAACUCUAUUACUGUCCAAAAACUGGAUAUGGAAAUCUAUGCGCUAAAGCAACAUAUUAACAAUAUUCAUCAGGUGAUAAAAUAG